CGGCAGUGGCUGCGGCGGCGGCGGCGGCCCCUGGGAGUAGAAGGAAGCCCGCGUAGUCGCCAUGGAGGACGCCAGCAGACCGGCCGUGCCUGCCGGCACUUACGAUGUGGAGUGCAACGGGAAGGUAUCGGACACGCAGAAAGCUGCUGCCGGGCUGCGGUGGCGGCGGGCGCUGGGGGCGGCGAGGCGGGCUCGGGAGGCGGUGCCGGCGCGAGCCGUGCUCUGCGUGGUGGGCUUCUUCGGCUUCUUCACCAACUACAUGCUGCGCGUCGCCAUCAACAUCGCCAUCGUGGCCAUGGUGCAGCCCCGCGACCUCAACGAGACACUGCAGGCCGGCGGUGGAGACAACGCCAGCGCGCCCGUCGGCGAAUGCUACGCGGGGGCGGAAGAUGACGGCGCGGCUGCCAACCUCACUGCCGCGGGCGACUUCGAUGCCUUCAACGGAACCGCCUUCUGGGACGAGGAACGCUUCCCGUGGACGAUGGAGCAGCAGUCGCUGGCGCUGGGUGCCUUCUACUGGAGCUACGUGGUGGCGCUUGUGCCCGGCGGUCUGCUGGCGCAGCGUUUCGGCGCCAAGCGCGUCUUCGGGGGCGCCAACCUGCUGUGCGCAUUCGCCUCGCUGCUCAUACCUGUGGCGGCGCGCACACAUCUCUUCCUGCUGGUCGCCGUGCGCCUGGUGCAGGGAGCCGCCUCGGGCACAACGUGGCCUGCAAUGAACGUGAUGGGCAGCCGCUGGAUUCCGCCCACCGAACGAAGCAAGUUCAUCGCCACCUACCUCGGCAACUCGGUGGGCACGGCGGCGACGUACCCGCUGUGCGGCGUGCUGAUCGCGCGCCUCGGCUGGUCGGCGGCCUUCUACGUGCCGGCCGGCUUCACGCUGGUGUGGUGCGCCCUCUGGUGGCUGCUGGUGUUCGACUCGCCCGCCCAGCACCCGCGCAUCUCCAAGGCGGAGCGUCUCUACAUCGAGGAGGCCGUCGCGCCCACCAUCGCCGCCACGCGGCCUGCGGUCCCGUGGCGCCGUAUGGCGACGUCGCUGCCCAUGUGGGCGCUGGCCAUCUCUAACGUCGGCUCCGUCUGGGUCUUCAUGACGCUGCUCACCUACGGCCCUACCUACCUCAAGCACGCCCACGGACUCGGCAUCGAGCAGAACGGGCUGGUGUCCGGGCUGCCCAACGUGAGCCGCUUCCUGGCCGCGCUGGUCUUCUCCUGGAUGGCCGACCGGAUGCUCGCCUCCGGCUCCUUCUCCCUCACCGCCGUGCGCAAGAUCUCCACCACCCUCGGGGAGCUGGUUCCCGGCAUGCUGUGCCUGGUGCUGACCCACGUGGGCUGCAGUGCCUCCGCCGAGGUGGCCAUCAUGACGCUGGUUUCCGCCUUCAACGGGGCGGCCGCCGCUGGACCGCUCGCCAACAGCGUCGACCUGGCGCCCAACUUUGCAGGGACUGUGAUGGCCAUCAUCAGCCUGCUGUCCAUGUGCUCCGGCUUCCUCGUGCCCACCGUCGUCAGCUGCUUCGUCUCCGACCAGCCGCGGACGCUGUCGGAAUGGCGUCCAGUGUUCGGGGUGACGUCUGCCGUAUCGCUGACGAGUUGCGUGGUGUACCUGGCUGCGGGCAGCGGCGAGGUGCAGCCCUGGAACCACGCGCCGGGUGCCGCCGGUCGGCACGACCAGCGCGACCAGGAGCUGCGGCUGCGCCCCGACCGCGACCACGACCAGAACCACGACCACGACCGCGAGGACGAGGCCGCCUGAGCAGCCGCACCGCCUGCUGCCUACUACUUCACUGCCACCAGCCGCGCCCCCGCUGCUGGGCUCACCGCGAUCACUGCCGGCUGUCGCCGACGUUUACAGAAUAGCUGACCUCAGAGUACAAGUGCCUUACUCUACUACAGAUCCCUAUGUAAAGCACGCAAACUGAAUGUGUGGAUUACUACCUUCGUGUGUUUUGAACUAAAAUAGAUGAACAUUUCUCAUGCUGGGAAAUCACAAGGAGCGUUAUGUUUUAUUUGGCAAAACCUUUAUAAAGCCAAUACCGCAUAAAUAUUUCUUCACUUACAACCAGUUCCGAAAGACUUUCCCGUCAUGUUCGGGUCUCUAAAAUUUUUUGUUAUAAAACUUCUUCAUUUUGAGUUGGAGUUUCACACUCAUGAGUUGUUACGUUAAUGGAUAAAAAUGUAACACAUUAUACAAAAGCUCGUCACGAAUAAAACAUUUAAAAUCAAGAAACACAUGGCAAUGUGCGCAUAUGUAGUACUCACAGAUUAUUGUUACGUCGUAAAAUUAGCGGUACACAAUAAAAUGCGUAGUAGCAGGUAACAUUCCUCUGUGAGCGCAACAUAUGCACAUGUGCCAUGUGCACAAAAUGUUUUUUUUAAAUAUUUUAUUUACGACGAACUUUUGUGUAAUGUGCGACAUUUUAUCCACUAACAUGACAGCUUGGCGUGAGGUUCCAGCUCAAAAUGAACACGUUUUAUCAGAAAAAUUGAUGACCUGAAGGUCAGAGCAAUGUCUGUCGAAACCAGUUGUUGUAAAUAAAUAAAUAUUUACGUUAGCUUGGUUUUAGAAAGUUUUUACCUAAUAAAAUAGACAUGGAAGUCACCACUUGAGCUGUGAGGCUGUAUUUUUAAAUUGACGACGGGUUUCGCACUGACAAAUGGCCGUCAUCAGGUGAAGUUAGUCGUGUGAUGCCACCGUGAGUGCCUCGAGACCGAGUGAUGUCAGGGCGAAAUAACCGUCUACUAAUCGGAUGGUAUGGAACUGCUGUAUUUCUUUGCGUUGAAACCAUUAUAAAGCGUCAUCAUUAGCACUAACACUGGCAACAACAGCGUGAAAUACUGGUUCAAGUCUGCACCUUCCAGCAGCAUCUAUGUGGUGUAAUGAAUGAGAAGUGUUAGCAAUCUGAUAAACUUAGGACAAUGCUAGUAUCGAUAGCUUAAGUAUUUUCAAAGUGGACUAUGCGAGUAAUAAUUUUACCGUCAAGUAAAUCCAGAAGCUAGUUUAGUUUCUAGUUUUCUAGUAUUUGUUAUGGAUUUCUAUGUUCUCUUUGAAUCUGACAAGUUGACUGGACUCCUUACUUCAACUGUUGUAUUGAAUGAACAUCAAGUUUUCAUAUUUUGGUAUAAAUGUUGAUUGAACUUGAGUUAUUAUAGUAAUUUAUAAACUUCUAUGAAUCUAUUAAAGAAAGUUUACUACGUUCUUUCUUAAUGAGAGACUAGAGAUGCCGUGCAAUUGUGAAAUCCAGAUGUGCCAAUGUUAUAAAUGCUGUUAGUUCAAAUUUAAAACAUCUUCGGCUUAUCAUACUGUUCAGUUGUUCCAGCUGGGUAUCUCAUUUGUUUUUUAUUUUAUGAACUGAUAAUAAAUAAAAAUUUAUAUC